CGCGGGAGCGCGACGGCAGGGGCUCGGCGGCGGGCCGGGCUGGGCGCGCACCGGGAGAGGAGGAUGCGCUCCGCGGAUUUGCCAGUUCCUGUAUGCCCAUGGGAAUCGUGUUCUGGCUCCUUGACAGUGCUAGAGGAGAAGCUGAUGCCCUGAGCAGUGAACCUGGGGGACGAGAGAGUGUGCAUUGCCUCCUGCCUUGCCUCUUCUCCCAGCCACCUGUGGUGAGCUCUCACGUGGCAGCGGACGAGGGUGGAGAUCAGCCACGUGAAGCUGGGGCCGUGGGGGUGAGCCAAAGGGCUUCUGACCCGUGGGCUGUGGCAACUGGGGGUCCUCACCACCCUGCAGCAGAGACCACUGCCUCCUGCCACGUAGAUGCCUUCAGGGGAGUGGACAACUCCAGCUGAACUGAUGAAUCUUGGCACCUGAUACAAGGCUCAGCUUCUGAUAUGAAGAAGGAUAUAGAGUCUUUAAUAGCCCAGGAAAAAGCAGAAAUCGUCGCCAAGUAUGAGAAGGGCAGACAGGAAGGAGCUCAGAUUGACCAAUGGGAAGAUGCCGAUUUCACUCUCUACAAAGUUACAGACCGGUUUGGAUUCCUGCACGAGCAGGAGCUGCCAACCCGCACCGCCUUGGAGGAGAAGCAAAAACAGCAGGAAAUAGAACGUGUGGACAAGUGGCUUAAGAUGCUGAAGAAGUGGGGCAAAUACAGAAAUAGUGACAAGAUGUGCCGGCGUGUGUACAAAGGGAUCCCGCUUCAGGUGCGAGGCCAGGUCUGGUCACUUCUGCUGGAUGUUGAGAAGAUGAAGAAGGAGAAUGAAGGAAAAUAUGAGCAAAUGAAAGAACAAGCCAAGAGUUUUUCAUCGGAAAUCAAGCAGAUCGAUUUGGAUGUUAACCGCACCUUCCGAAACCACAUCAUGUUCCGGGAGCGCUACGGAGUGAAGCAACAGGCACUCUUCCACGUCCUGUCAGCAUACUCAGUUUAUAAUACUGAGGUGAGCUACUGCCAAGGGAUGAGCCAGAUUGCAGCCAUCCUCCUGAUGUACCUGAACGAAGAGGAUGCGUUCUGGGCGCUGGCGCAGCUGCUCACCAACCAGCGCCACGCCAUGCACGGUUUUUUCAUUCCUGGAUUCCCAAAGCUGCAGAGGUUUCAAGCCCACCACGAGCAAAUUUUAAACAAACUGUUCCCCAAACUGAAGAAGCACAUGGACAAGGAGCAGAUGACCACUGGGAUUUACACAACCAAGUGGUUCCUGCAGUGUUUCAUUGACCGGACCCCAUUCACGCUGACCUUGCGCCUGUGGGAUAUCUACAUCCUGGAAGGGGAGCGCGUGCUGACGGCCAUGGCUUACACCAUCCUUAAACUGCACAAAAAGCGCUUGCUGAAGAUGACACUGGAAGAUUUACGUGAAUUUCUGCAGGAGAAAAUUGCUGCUUCCCUGCAGUACGAGGAUGAUGCUGUCAUCGAGCAGCUGCAGGUGUCAAUGACUGAACUGCGAAAGAUGAAGUUUGACCUACCCCCACCAGCAAAGCCUGAGGAGUUUCCAAGGAAACCCCUGGGCCUGGAGCUCUCCCUCAACCCAGUAGCCAUAAAGGAAAACACAGCAGCCAAUGGCCAGAAUGGCCAGGUGGGUGAGCGCACUCCAGACAGGGAGCCCCAAACCGACGGAGUUCCUGGCACACCAGGAGGAAUGACAGUGGUGGAAGCGAGGAUUCUCACCUUCCAGGGUAGUGAAGCAGCUGAAGCAACGAAUGCGCCUGUUUCGGGUGGGCGGCCACCGGAUGAGGAGGGUCAGGUGGAGCCCAUCAUGGACGGGCAGCCAUCAUCUCUUCUGAAGGCGAGCGAGACACAGGCCCAGCAACACCUCCUGCCUACGGUCCUGCCUCCAGAGCAGCCCCUUCUUGCUCCUGGCUGUGCUGUGGUGGACCAUGGAGUCUCCCUUCAUGCCCCAGCUGAGCACAGCUCCAUAGACUCCUCUCUCCAAAACAGGCCGGCUCCUCCCGACUCCAGCACCGCUGAGCCUUCUGCUAUGGACCAGGCAGCGUGGCAGCCAAAUCCUGCUGCCCUGCCAGCAGGAGAACAGGACCAGGCAGCAUGGCAGCCAAAUCCUGCUGCCCUGCCAGCAGGAGAACAGGCAUCUUCCCUGAGCAGAGACACAGUGCUCGAAGCAGCCCCCCAUCCUCUGCCAGCCGGCUGCCAGCAGCUGUCCCAGACAUCACAGAGCCAUGACUCCCCCGAGAGCGAGCGCGGGGAGGAGGCGGCGGAUGACAGGCACUGCAGGGCGGUGCUGCCGGACAAAAUGGGCCUGAAGCGCUCGGCAUCCAAAGCUGCAUCCACAGGGGAGCUCCUCAGCCUGCAGCACAAUGGGCUGGGCAGUGCCGCCAGCACCACGCGCUGGCCCGAGGCCGUGCUGCCCGCGCACAGGCAGGCAGGGGGCAGUGUGCCCAUCUUGUCCAGCAGAGAGCCGGAGGCAGCAGGGCUGGCCGAGGGCUGCCCCACCCAGCGGGCGCCGUCCCCUGUGGUGGAAGGGAACAGCCCCUAUGUCGUUAUCAAAACCACCACUCCCCUCCACCUGGCCCAUGCGACAGAGCAGGACUUCUUGAACAGAAAGCAGGUGGCAUUGCCUUUGUCAGAGACUGGACAUCCUCUGCCUACCACCUCCAUGCCACCACCUCUUAUGCUGGACGCAGAGGAGGCAGAGGUCCAGAAAAGCCUCCAGAAACCAUUAAAUGCACUGAAAGCCCCACGACCCCCACUGAGCCCCAAACCAAAAUUACCACCACAGGUUGCCAAAUCCCGCUCAGAGAACAGUUUCCUUUCAGGCUCUCCUUCCCUGGCAAAACUGCCCAAAUCGGUGACGUUUUAGUGGGGAUGGGGAAGGGGAAGUUAAGGGAGAAGAAGUGGGUUCUGGAGAAGCACCCUUGCCCCAUUUACAGGAUCCCCUUCUGUCAGCAGGGCUGUCAGGGUGACAGCACAGCACCAUCGCACGUCACGCUGUGCUUUGGUACGAGUGCCCAGUGAGGAGAUGAAGCGGGGGCCACCAGCGCUAGGAGACACCAGCAGAUUGGAUUUGCAUGUUUCCUAUGGACAAAUUGGAAAAUGCUUUCAGUUUUUGCUCCUCAAAGCUCCCCAAGUCUCAUCACUUGGGGAAAGAGGCAGAGCUGGUGAGUUUGUUGCGUGUUUUCUCCUGCUCCUGUCUGUGGGAACCCACGACCAAGCAAGCAGGCACAAGGUGUCAGAAUCCAAAACGCUUUCUUUACAAUGCCCCAUCGGCGCAGCUACAGCAUUGCUUUCAAAGGCCUUUGUAGCAAUAGAUCUUUAUUUCAUUUCCCAGACCUGCAGUUGUAGGCAGCAGAAUUUCCAGGCAGUGCCAUGGCAUCCUGGCAGGACAUAGGCAGCCCGCUGCCCCCUCUAUGCAAUUCCACAAAGCAGUGCCCAGCUGUAUCUGGCUCCUGCUGCCGUGGUGGAUGGUGUUUAGGAGGACAGAUUUAACAGCUACUGAGUCCCUUGGACAUCUCCUUGGUGUCACCCCGGUGGGGGGCUGCCAGCAGAGUGGUCCUUUCCCAGGUUCUCAGGGUGACAAGGACAGUGAUGAAGGUGGAGCCAAGAGCCCAGUCUCUUGGGCCGAGUGCCCUUUCUGUUGGCCUUUCCUUCCCAGGGCCAGCACAGCGAGCAGGCUCGCUGCCUUUCUGUUCCUCAGACAGGAGAAGGGGCUGCUGGCUCAGGAAACCCGCCUGCACUACCCAGCUGCUGGACGCGUGAUGGCAUCUACUCACAGGGCUGCAGAUAAGUCCACUUUUGCUUUGAGUAAGUUAAGUGUCAGAGUGGAAAGGGCAUAGGAAUUGGGGAAGGGGGAGCACAUUGCCCAGAACCUUAUCUUAGUCCUUCUGGUUGAGCCCACAGAGAAUUAACAAC